UUAAUACAUAAAAGGCAUAAAAUGCACUUUUUCUCCCGGGUAGGUGUAGUUUGCCCCGGGUGAAAAGUGACUGACUGGGAUUGUUCGACAUUGCGCAUUGAUGAGAAAGUCGCCUAUUCUGUGAAGAGGCUGCAACCAUUCAAUUCGCCCUUGCACUCCUUCGAAACAACGCUUUAAAAAAUAUAUAUAUUUUUUUUACAAUUUGUCAAAAACGCAGUCCACGCUGUGUUACAGAUUAUAAUUUUGGAAACAGAAACCUGUAUGGAGAUCAAAUGUUUCAUCGAUGAAAAUAUUUGCUGAAUUCCGUCCAAAAUCUUUCUCCAUCUUUUCCCACAGCCGACCACUGGGCUUCCUGUCGUCACCAAAUUUGGUAGUGAGUGGAAACUCUAACCGGAUGCUUCACAUCUGAAGCGCCGUAUAUGUCGCAAUCUAUGCGGACAGAUACCUCAGUAACUUCAUGGCUUUACCUGCGGACAUAAAAGACACGCUGCUACGAAUCAUGUCAUCACAGGGCACGGUGACCGACAUAAACAUCAGCCAGCUGAUGCAUCUUGGGACACACAAGCUGGACAUGGUGAACUGCAGAGUGUCUGACUCCGCCCUGCAACAGAUCCGCUGUCCGCAGCUCCGGACGAUCCUUCUGCGAGGCCAACCCAGCAUCACCUCAGAUGGUACCUGCCUACCAAAUGGAACAUUUUCGGUGUUAAAGAAAAACCCAUCUGGACCAUCUCUUUGUUUACAAUACAGUACUUUACAAUGUGUAAGGACCCUGGCGGCCUCCUGCCCAGGCCUGCAGGUCGUGGAUCUGACCGAGUGUGCUGCAGUGACCGAUGAAGGGGUCCUGGCGCUGGCCCACGGCUGCAGUUCGCUGGAGGUCCUCUCCCUCUGGGGCUGCUCUGCUGUGGGAGACGCCGCCCUGCUGGCACUGGCAGGAAACUGCAGGCUUCUCCAUAGCCUCAAUCUCUCGGGAACCCAGGUUACAGAUGAGGGUGUCAUUGGGCUGGCUACUGCACCGUGCUCUAAUAGUUUGAAGGAACUCCAGUUGGCCCGAUGUCGUAACCUGACAGGCAAGGCCGUGAAGGCUGUCCUUACAAACUGCCCCAAUGUCCGGAUCUUUACCUUCGAUGGAUGUCCUCUCAUCACUGAUCAAGAGGCCCUGCAUAACCUUUUAGGCCCAGAUAAGUUCCAACAGGUAUCAUGGACAGUGUACUGAGGGAAAAGUUACCCAUAAAUGCAGACCUAGGAACAGAUUACCCUACCCACAAUCCUUAACCUACCCAUUAGAUUAUCUGACCCUGGAUCAAGGCAUUAGGAGCAACUUGUACUUACUCCAAGGGAGCACUGAAGAGGAUGGCAGGAGGAGGGAUGGAAAGAACACACACAAACUCCUUAAAAGCUUCUGGGACCAAAGUGACUGAACUAGGCUAAUGGUUGUUAUUUACAGUCCGCUGAAGAAAAAAACACCGGUCUCAGUAAAUCUUAGCUUUGUAGUGUGAUUAUCAUCAAUAACAGUGGUUGAAGAUCAAACCUCGAUAGUUAGUUGGAUGUGCUGCUCAGUGUUCUAUUCUCUGUCAAUGUUUGCAAUUUAUACACAGAAAAACAUUUCAUAUUUAUUUAUUCUCUAACCAUUUUUUGUUGUUGUAAAUGCACAGACAUUCUUUUUACUGUACUUCAUUUGAGAUGUCCUUGCUGUAACCUGGUUGUAUGCACGCAGCACCCUGUCCUUGAUUUAGAAAUUGUUACUCUCUCCUGUUGUAAAUAUGUAAGCACGAAAGUAGUGAUACAAUCUUACAUUUGGAAAUAAAUAAUAUGUUGGA